AUGAUUGUGUUUGGAGAUGGUUUGCAUAAUUUUAUCGAUGGAGUCAGUAUUGGUGCUGCUUUUAGUGAAUCCCUAUUAAGUGGUUUGAGCGUUAGUGUAUCAGUAUUCGCUGAAGAGUUCCCACAUGAAUUAGGUGAUGUGGCAAUUUUGUUGAAUGCUGGUAUGAACCGGAAGCAAGCUUUAUUUUAUAAUCUACUUAGUACGAUUACCUGCUUCGUAGGAUUCAUUAUUGGUGUCAUCCUGGGUAGUGUGGAAUCACUUCUGCGAUACAUUUUUGGUUUUUCGGGUGGCAUGUUCCUAUACAUUGCCCUUUCGUGUAUGAUGCCUGAGAUGAAAUCAACCAUGGAAGAAGCGCUGAAAAAUGGUUAUCUUGAUGCGUUUCUUGUUCUUUCAUUGCAGACUACGGGCCUAGCUUUAGGAACGCUCUCAAUGUUUUUUUUUGCCAGAUAUGGCGAUUUAAUGAAAUUUGCUUAA